AGUGGCUGCUAUGGCGGGGAAUCCUUCUCCUCAGCAGCAGCAGCAGCAGCAGCAGCAGGCGGUGCUGAAUAAAUCCGCCGGUGGGAAACACGGGAAUGUCUUACCGCUGUGGGGUAAUGAGAAAACUAUGAACUUAAACACGAUGAUCCUCACCAACGUGCUCUCCUCUCCCUACUUCAAAGUGCAGCUGUACGAACUGAAGACCUACCAUGAGGUCGUGGACGAGAUCUACUUCAAGGUUACUCACGCAGAACCAUGGGAAAAAGGCAGCAGGAAAACAGCAGGGCAGACUGGAAUGUGCGGAGGGGUACGAGGUGUUGGCACUGGCGGUAUUGUCUCCACAGCAUUCUGUCUUCUGUAUAAGCUGUUUACGCUAAAACUGACCCGUAAGCAGGUGAUGGGCCUUAUAACACACACGGACUCUCCGUACAUCAGAGCACUCGGCUUCAUGUACAUACGAUACACCCAGCCUCCUGCAGACCUGAUCGAGUGGUAUGAGCCCUUUCUAGAUGAUGAGGAGGUAUGUCGCCACGGAUGGCCUAAAGCAGCAGGUGAACGGGGAGUAGUGGUAUCUCAGCACUGCAGGUUUGCGUGCGAGCUGGACGUGAAGGCUGGUGGCGGGUGCGUCAUGACGAUCGGGGAAAUGCUGCGCUCCUUCAUGACUAAACUCGAGUGGUUCUCCACGCUGUUCCCGCGCAUCCCAGUACCUGUACAGAAGGCCAUCGACGUACAGAUGAAAAACCGACCACGGAAACCACCACAGAAAGAGGGGAAAGAAGAAGAAGAGGUGGCGGAUGGAGACUGGCACCGCUCCAGAUCCCCACGGAGAACGCCAAGCCCUCGAAGAUCCCCAAACCGCUCGCGCAGUCGCAGCCGAGCCCGAGAGCGCCGCGGAGCCAGUUUCGAACGAGAAACCGAGAGAGAGAGGGACCGCCAGCGCAAAGAGCGAGAACGAGACAGGGAAAGAGACAGGGCGGAGAGGGACAGACCAGCAGAUAGGGACAGAGAGAGGGAGCGUAAACAUUCCAGAACCCCGGACCGAAACGCGGAACGGCGCAGAAGCCGGGAACGCAGAAACGACCGGAAAGAGCGCGAGAGAGACCUGGACGGAGAUACAGAGCGCGAGCGGAGCCGGCGAAAGGACCGAGAGCACAAAGAGCGUUCGAGCGGCGGAGAGAGGGAGCUGGAGCGCUCGAAAGACAGGAAAGACAAGCGACGGCACAGGGAUGACCGAGAGGAACGGCGGCACCGGGAGGAGCGCAAAAGCAAGCGGUCCAGCCGGAGCAGGAGCCGAGAGAAGAGGCACAAAAGCGAGCGCUCGAGCAAAAAACGCUCUCGGUCGUGCUCCAGGAGCCGACAGGAGGCCUCGGAGAAGAGCAGGAAGCGCGAACGCAGUCCCAGUAAGGAGCGGGAAUUAUCGGACCACAUCAGGCAGGAGAAAUGAAGAGCACGGUGAGGUCGCUCUCACCUGGUGAAUCAAUCAUUGUAGAUAUCAACCAACCUUUUGUGUUCGGUCAGCAGAAGUGUGAGAUUCAUGCUUUCCAAGCCUUUUAAGGCUGUUAUGGACAUAAUAAAGUAAAAUGCUUUUUUUAAACGUUUCUUUUUUUUCUUCUUUUUUUUUGUUUGGUGGAAAUCUUCCAAAAAAUGUGUAUAUAGUUCUGGGGGAGCGUUUUAAAUGAUCUAGAGGAACAUGUGCUGAGUUAACUGGGCUGCACAGUGACUGGGCAGACCUGCUGGAAUUGUACUAUCUUGAAGUCGUUUCUCUGUUGCAUCUUGUUUCCUAAUAAAAAUCUUGUAUGGACA